AUGGGUACUGAGUCUUUAAGUCCUGAUAGUAAGGAACGCCUUGACCAUGAGUAUGCAUGGUCUGAACAGAUGGGGUUGACCAGUUUGUUGUGUGAUGAGACAAUUGAUCACAUGGAUCUUGGUGACGACGAUGAUUUAGCAAAGAAAAAUUCCAGGACACCUCAAAACAGUAUUAAACCGAAGGAGCAAAGACAUAAAAUGGCUGAGAAUGGCAAGAAGUUCAGGUCGUUGUCAUCAAGUGGAAGUAACUCAACCCAGAUGAACCACUCUGGAGGAAAAGGUCGAAAUACAGAGGCAAAAUGUAGAAGGCAAUUAGAAAAGUGCUUUACAGCAGAAAAAGACAAUCUGCCAAUAAUUACAGGUGUUUUCGAUAAUACUGAUACAAAUUGUCUAGAUUUUGAUGGAUAUUUCCUGUUCUAUCAAUUUGUAGCUGGUGAUAAAGAGAAGAUGUUAAAAGGUGAAAUGGCCAGUGAGGUUUCACAGAUGUGGCAAGAAAUGCCAGAUGACACGAAAGAUACAUUUAUUACCAUGGCAGCAUUAGAAGGUUCACAAUCAGAUUCUAGUCACCUCAGCGAUGACCUUAGAGAACUUGAUGUCAAACCUUUUGAAAAAGAUGAUGCGCACCACACAUUCCACAGUGAUGAAGUUAGAGCCAAUCAAGUUAUGUUUUCAGUCAAACAAGAACCACAAAUUCUCCUUCCACAAAGACCUAUUCCCAAAUCUUAUCAUUUCCUUUUACCAGAACAUAAUGUGCAAGAAGUUCCACUAGGUAGAGUUAUCUUACCUAAGGUAUCUGAGCAGAUCUUAGUUCCUGAGAUUUCAGAACAGGUAACAGUUCCAGAUACCUCAGAAGCAGCAGUUGUUCCAGAAUUCACAAUGAACAAACCACAUUAUACUUUGAGUAAACCAGUUAUACAAAUGGAUCACAUGAUAGCACAAAAUGUUGAGGUUUAUGCAGAGAUAGGAGAUUUUCACAUGGUUCCAGAAAGUCAGUUAUGUCACUUUGACAGAACAAGGGCUGAUGACCUUGGGUUCAUUUCAUUAUCAAAUGAGAACAGCAUGAAUGAGGAGUUUCAACAAGAAGUAUGUCCACAGAUUACAACAGAAGAUCUGACAGAAUGGAAAGGACAGAUAGUGCCAUUAGUUUGAAGUGAUUGAUUCAUAGAAAUGUUUAAAUAUCAAAUAAUAAGUUGUACAAUGUUAUGAUAUGCUAGGUGCUAUAAUACACUCCCAAGCCAAUUU